AUGACAGAAAAGUCUGCCACCUUCGCAGAGGUUGUGGCGGGAAGACUGUCCAUUGCUCCCGUGCAGCAGGACAUCGAUAGUGUCGCACCAACUGCUGCGACAGCGGAAUCGUUAAGCCCUGCGCCACACGUUGGCACAACAUUCUUCACGAAUGUCCGACCACCUGGCGGUGAGAGCUACGCGGACGCCGUCAAGUCGGGUAGCGUGAAGCUUGACGGGGUGCCGGUGAACCCUCUGAAACUUGUCGGCUUCAUCGAAUCGGUGACUAACUCGACGAUGCAGGAACAGGAGUCGGUGCUGUCGUCAUGGGCCGACGACGAUCAGUGCUUCUUUGACUCCAUCCGCAUCGCACAGGAGGAACAGCGGAAGCCGCAGGAGUCGCAGCGCGACACCGGCCGUCAAGAGAGGGACGGCGAUUGCAGGCGCGAGCACGGCGGCCGGCGCUGGCGCUUCAUUGGCGGCGGCGAGAGCAGCAGGAACAACAACAACAAUAGGCGACGCAGGGGCAAUAACCGCGGCAACUUUCGAAGGGCGGGCGGUGCAGAGCCGCCGGUUCUUUCCGGUGGACGCUUUGCUGCGCUGCGCUGA